AUGGGUUUUUUCGAUCUUCUACCUCUGCUUAAGAUAAACUGGCGCGCACAUCUUGCGUACAGCGGAGAGAACAUUUUUCACGUGAUUGUGAAAAAUGGAUGGUAUAAUUUCUUAUGUGAACUCGAACCGUUAUUGGAUGACAAGUUUAAGACGCGGCUCAAUCAGAAGAAUGAUCUGGGACAAACUUGCCUUCAUGUUGCAGCGAGGAUACAUCGAGGGCCGCAAGCAAUAAAAAUGAUCGAGAAGUUGUUAAAAUAUGGAGCAGAUGUCAAUGUACGAGAACGUAAUAGUGGUGACACUAUCCUUCACAUUGCAGUGGGAAGCCAGGACUAUGAACUAGCUGCAUGGUUGUGUCAACAACCACAUAUGGAUUUAGAAGCAAACAACUACUACAGUCACACGGCAUUUAAGAAAGCUAGGAAAAAUAAGGAUGAAAAAAUGGCAAAAAUUCUUGAAACUUACGGUGCGAUCACUCAGCGAGAGCGUGCUUGGCUACUGCGACGAAAGUGUCUCUGA